AUGGAGUCCAACGAGAAAGCCAUCGAAACAACUGAAGAACUGCACAAUUGCCAGCUGAAGGUAUUCUUCGUGGGCGGACCCAAUCAACGCAAGGACUACCACAUCGAAGAGGGCGAAGAGUUGUUUUAUAUGAUUAAAGGAGACAUGUGUUUGAAAGUGAUUGAAAAGGGGAAACCGAAAGAUGUGAUUAUAAGAGAGGGACAGGUAUUCCUAUUGGCCGCUAAAAUACCUCACUCUCCGCAGCGAUUCACAAAUACUAUCGGUUUGUAA